GGUAGCCUUACUUCUAGAGUAGCACGCCGCACGUUGUUAUGCGCAGAGCGCAGCAUUGGCAAAAUCCCUCAUGCAGCAGUCAGAACAGCAUUCUUCUGGUACCAACUGAAGCGGCAGUGCUAAGCAUCUUCAAACAUGGCGUCUUGCUCAGCAGCCAGAGUAGCUUUAGGAACUGAAAAUGGGUUAGUAUCGACUCAGCGACAGAAGUUACGGAAGUCGCAUCCUGUUUGCCGUGCCAGCUCAACCACUUCAACAGCUACGAAUAGCCCCUGCCUGACAAGAAGCUCAUGCUUCCGAGCUCUCCUUUCCAAUCGCAUGCAAUCCUCCACUUCAAGUAUGUCAGCACUUGACAGUCAGGGCCGCUUGCAUGCUGGUAGUCAACAGCAAUUUGGCGCAAAGCUACUUACAAAUUCUGAAAAGGCAAAGGGAAGGCAGCAAAUGUCUUCAAGGAGUUCAUCAGGAAACCAGAACGAAACCAAGACUUUAGAGCCCCCAACUGAUGAAAACGGGGCCUCAAGUCGGGAUGCACAAGCAGAUCAGCGGGCAGGGAGUCCUCUAGAGAAAGCAAUGUGGGGCUUCUAUGCUGCAUACAUGGCGUACAUGAUCUUUCUGCCCACUGGACCGGGCCUGGCACCUGGCGAUCCUAUCUGGGGCAUGAAACCACCCGCGUGGCAGGAGGUCCUGGAUCUUUCCUUCAACUUCAUGCUCGUUGUGACGGGGCUCAAUACAGUUGGAGUGCAUGUGGUGGAGGCGCCCACUGUGCAUCCGGUUAACGAAGGCCUUUUUAACUUCGUCAUCAUCUGGAGCAUUAUGCUGGCGCCGCUGAUCAUCGGCGACAAGCGCAAGGUCAGCCUGAAGACGAAGGAGCUGCUGUGGCUGGGAACGAUGUUUAUUACAAACGUCUUCGCGAUCCCGUAUAUGGCUCUACGAUCUGGCCGUCCUGAUGCAGACUUGCCUUUACAAGGAUCGGACAACGAUGACCCUUCCUGGGCUCGCGCGUUCGCACGAAACAUUCUGGGCGGCAAGAAGGCCUUGGGCAUUGUUGGGUUGGUAAUAGGCACCUUCAUGGUUUAUUGGGGCUUUUUCGGAAGAGCAGACAUGGGUUUUGGGGGCAUCGACGAGCGAAUUCAGUAUUUCUGGGGGCUCGUGAAGUCGGACCGUGUGAUGUUUGCGUUUGUUUGGGAUGUCAUUCUGUAUUCGAUCUUCCAAGCAUGGUUGGUGUUGGAUUCUGCAAAGUCAGAGUCAGAGAGGGGUCUUGCCAAAAUAGGUGCCAUCCCGUUUGUGGGCUUGGGACUCUACUUGUUACUUCAACCACAAGAAGAGGUAGAUGGUUGAAGAGAAAACGUUGAUUACAGACAACACGGCUCGCUGUACAGUCUUUUUGCUUGACAAGUUCUCUCCCAAGUUGUGUCAGAUUCUGAGCGACAUAAACAUGUCUGAAGCUUGGCAUCCAGAGUCAAAUUGCUCGUUUUGCCCAAAAUGCAGCUAAAGAUAGAAAGGUGCCGGCAUGGUCUGCAACAAUUGAUCAUAUUAGGCAUUGAAAA